AUGGUUUCAAAGAAGGUGGUGGCCAGUUUGCUCUUGGUGUAUGUGGUGUCCAUGUUGGCUGAACAGACCGAAGGCUUCGUGCCCUUUUUCACAAAGAGUGACUUCCAGAAAAUGCAGGAGAAGGAGAGGAACGAAGGAGGGCAGAAGAAAUCCCUGACCUCACUGCAGCAGCUCUAAGAGGAAGGCUUCUCUGAGCAAUCCGGUACGGAUGUCAACAAGGUCAAGACCAUCCAGGAAGAUGGAAACAACAUGAGGUCUGUCUUUGCCAUUUGGUGA